UCUCUAAACGAGGAGUCCACUGGACUACACUGUGCUCCUCCGCCACACCGGAUUACUUCCCCCCCAAAAAGGAGGGAAUCUCUCUCUCUCCCUCUCUCUCUCCUCUUUCUCUCUCUUCUGUGGACGUUAAACUUACCGGCUCUGCCUCCUUUUUCCUAUUCUCUUCCGUUUUAAGCAAUAAUAACAUUGAUUCAUCUGUCUUAUAAAUUCUCUCUCUCUCUCUCUCACUUCAACAAAACCAACUCAACCACCGAACCCCAGUCGCCGGUGAACCGCACCUACCGUAGAGUUCCCCAACCGGACAGAACUCCCCUUAUCUCUUUUUCUCUGAGGCAUUUUGUCGAGCAGAUGGGGAACUGUUUAUACAAGAAGAAGAAAUCUCCGCCGCCGGUUUCCGCCGCCGCGGCCGCGGCCAAACCGAAGAAGAAAUCGACGGCGGAGAUCGUUCCCCACGACCACCACUCAUCCACCACCGUCCGUCUCUACGGCUCUCCUAUCAGCCCCCACACCGCCUACAUCCGCUUCGCGCUCCAGCACAAGGGCGUUCCGGUGAAGUUCACGCCGUCGAUAUCCGAUCCGCCGUUGAUCGAAAUCGGUUCGGAGCGGGUGUCAGGGACACGGGAGUCGCUCCUCCAGUACAUCGAGGCGAAGUUCCCCCACGCGCCGCUUGUACCGCUGGGGAAGCGCGUGGUGGAGGAGGGGGCGAAGCCGUGGGUGGUGACUCUGACGGCGCUGCAGCAUCACAGCAUGACGUGGCACGUGGAGAGGAUGGUGAGGUGGUCGGAGGAUCUGUCGGCGCGUGGGGGAAAGAGGCGGAGCGUGGGGAUCGAUCCGAGCGUGGGGACGCCGAGGAUGGAGGUGAAGAAGUUUGGAAGGAGCUAUUCGCAGCUGCUGGAGAUGAUGCUUGAGCACGCGCAGAUGGAGGAGAGGGUUCUUUUCCCUAUUCUCAAUUCGGCCGAUCCAGGAAUAUGUAAAGCUGCAAAUGAGGAACAUGCAAGGCACCUACCCAUAAUGAAUGGCAUCAAAGAAGACAUAAAAUCCAUUGGAGUAUUGGACAAUGGGAGCCCUGCUUAUCAAGAGGCUUUCUCCAACCUUUCUAAGCGUCUCAAAUCUUUGCUGGAGCAUUGUAAAGAACACUUCAUUGAGGAGGAAAUUCAAGUGUUGCCCUAUAUAGAGGCAACCGAGCUGAGCAAACCGAAGCAACGGAAGGUGUUGGAACAGUCGUUGGAUGCAAUGCAAGGGACACACUCACGUUUGUUCAACUUCUUCCUUGAAGGGCUACUUCCUGUGGAUGCAAUGCAGUACUUGGACUUGGUCGCGAUGUGCCACGACGAAGAACGAAUGUCCUCCAUGCUUCAGAUGAUUGAGGAGCUGUGAGCCGUUGUUUUCGUCGCACGACUAAAUGUGUUUUUCAUGUUAAUACACGGUAGAUCGUCUCCUCAAUUACUGACAUCAACCAUACAAUAUCUGGUUUUUUUACAUUGCUUUGAUGCUUUUCUAGCCUCUGUGGCAUUACUAUGUGAACAGUAAGGGUAAGGUUCGGCAGGGUAGAGGGGCCAUUAUUGUUUUUAUUGUUUUUUUUUUUUUUCCUUUUUCUUUUUGGGUUUAAAUCUGUUAUUAGUUCAGUGUGCAUUGUAUAUAUUUCUACUUGGACAAACUUGUACCAAAAGUUUGCGUUUGUUGGAUAUGAUGUACUUUCAAGAAGCAAGAGAAAUAAGAAAGAAAAAAUGAGACUUUUGCCAUGUUGUA